AUGUUCAUGGAUCAAGGAUUUCAACUUUUGUGCCAUGGGAAAGCAAGGAAAUUGCUUUUUCUAAUGGGAGCAACAGCUGCUAUAGUUAUAGUGGUUCAAUAUUUCGAAUUUCCAUCUAGUAGAGUAUUGGUCUCUCUUUUCUCUGCUGUCAAUAAUAGAAACUUCCUGUCCAGAAAUUCAUUGACAGAUCCAGAAGCGCUAAGUAACAUGACACUUUCAAAUGGUUUAAACACAACUAACGCAGGUAUACUUCAUGAGACAACAAAUAGAGGUGAAGCCUCAGAUAACAAGCAAGAAACAGCCGAAGUUGGCAAAUCGAAAGAAAAGGAACGAAGUCCAAACAAUAACAAUGAAUCGGAAAGGAAAAGAGGCUCAAGUUACAGUUUUAGCUUAGUUUCAAAAGAAACUACAUCAGAUGAUCUUGCAAACCAGGACAAAAUUUCCACAUUGGAGAAUGGCUUAAAGGCAAUUAAUGCCUCUGAAGAAGAGAAGGCUAUGGCACCUGAUAUUUCCUAUAUAAAUGUUGAUAAAGACAUUGCCCUAAUAUCAAGAAGAAACAGAAGCUCAGAUGCUGACCUUGGAUACCCUUCAUCUGCACCACCAAUGAUGAAUACAUUCUCUGAUAAAACAUUUUCAGCUGAUGAAAAUUCAAAUCCGAUGAGUUUUGUGAGCUCAAAUACCUCUUCAGUGAGAAAAGAUGCAGCAGGAACACUUAACGGAGAUGAGAAUUCUGGAUUAUUGCCAGGUAAUUAUUCCCUAUCCAGAAGUGGUUCUUUCUCAUCGAAAGUUAUUGCAGCAAAGAGGAAAAAGUCCAAGAAACCACCAUCCAGAGUGAUCUCAAUACCUCAGAUGAAUGAAUUGCUGCGACAGAGUCAUGCUUCAUCCUCUUCAGUGAAACCACUAUGGCCUUCAGGAGUUGACCAGGAAAUGCUAUUUGCAAAAUCACAGAUUGAGAAUGCACCCAUAAUAAAGAAUGAACCUAGACUUUAUGGACCUAUAUAUCGCAAUGUUUCCAUAUUUAGAAGGAGUUCUGAAUCAGGUUGCACUGGCAGGAGUUAUGAACUAAUGGAGAAGAUGCUCAAAGUUUAUGUCUACCAGGAUGGUGAAAAACCCAUCUUCCAUCAGCCAAUACUGGAUGGAAUAUAUGCAUCAGAAGGAUGGUUCAUGAUGCAUAUGGAAGCUAAUAAAAAUUUUGUUAGUAAAGACCCUGGAAAAGCUCACUUAUUUUACCUUCCUUUCAGCUCGCGACUUCUUGAGUUGACACUUUAUGUACGUCACUCACACAGUCGUACGAAUCUUAUCGAAUACAUGAGAAAUUAUGCAGACAUGAUAGCUGCAAAAUAUUCUUUCUGGAACAGAACUGGUGGAGCAGAUCAUUUUGUUGCUGCAUGCCAUGACUGGGCACCUGCUGAAACUAGGGGACCUCUGCUCAAUAGCAUCAGAGCCCUCUGUAAUGCUGAUAUUGAAGUAGGCUUCAGGAUAGGGAAAGAUGUGUCUCUUCCAGAAACAUAUGUACGCUCAGCUCAGAAUCCUCUAAAAAAUUUGGAAGGCAACCCUCCCUACCAAAGACCUGUCCUUGCUUUCUUUGCAGGCAACAUGCAUGGCUAUGUCAGGCCAAUCCUGCUGGAGCACUGGGGGAAAGAUCCUGACAUGAAAAUAUUUGGUCCAAUGCCUCAUGUCAAGGGUAAUACAAACUACAUUCAACACAUGAAGAGCAGCAAGUUCUGCAUAUGUCCAAGAGGUCAUGAAGUGAACAGCCCACGAAUUGUGGAGGCUAUAUUCCAUGAGUGUGUUCCAGUUAUAAUAUCUGACAACUUUGUGCCUCCAUUUUUUGAGGUUUUAGAUUGGGAAUCCUUUGCUGUUAUUAUCUUGGAGAAAGAUAUCCCAAAUUUGAAGAAUACACUCCUUUCAAUAUCAGAAGAGAAGUACAUAGAAAUGCAUAUGAGAGUGAAGAAGGUACAGCAGCAUUUUCUUUGGCAUACUAAGCCUGAGAAGUAUGAUUUAUUUCAUAUGAUUCUUCACUCAGUUUGGCAUGAGGUGAUUCAAGCAUCUGGUUGUCGGAGCCUAAAAUCUGUGGCCUUCUGUUUACGGACCCUGCUGCUUGCAUGCUUUACGCCUCCUCUGACUGGAACUGUGUUGUUAUCUCUAUCCAUAUCCACAAAUUUGUAG